AUGUUCGCCCGCAGCGUCGCCCGCCGGCUAGCCAGCCGCAAUGUCAUCACCAGAGCUCCUGUACAAAGCCAGCGAUGGGCUUCCACCUCAUUCAAGUGGGAUGACCCGCUUGAUCUCGACAGCCUCCUUACCGAAGAUCAGAAGGCGAUACAGGAAACUGCCCGAUCGUACUGCCAGGAGAGACUUGCGCCGCGCGUGCUAGAAGCCUACCGCAAGGAAGACUAUGAUAAGAAGAUCCUUGAAGAGAUGGGCGAGCUCGGCUUGCUCGGCGCUACGAUAGAUGGCUACGGUAUGCCUGGAAUCGACAACAUUGCCAACGGUCUGAUCACGAGAGAGGUGGAAAGAGUGGACUCAGGCUACAGAUCUGGCAUGUCGGUACAAGGAUCACUUUGCAUGGGCGGCAUCAACGACUUUGGCUCGCAAGAGCUAAAGGACAAAUACCUCGAGAAGCUCGGCAAGGGCAAGCUUGUUGGUUGCUUUGGCCUGACCGAGCCGAACCAUGGCUCUGAUCCAGGCUCCAUGGAGACGACAGCAAAACCACAUCCCACCAAGGAAGGCUACUACUCAUUGUCCGGCUCCAAAACGUGGAUCACCAACUCACCCAUUUCUGACGUUUUCCUGGUAUGGGCAAAGCUUCAAGAGACGGGCAAGAUCAGAGGUUUCAUUGUGGAUCGUUCCAUGUGCCCUCCCGGUACGUUGGAAACCCCCAAGCUGGGAGAUAAGAAUGGUCUCCGGGCAUCGAUCACUGGCAUGAUCCAGCUGGACGAGUGCCCUGUGCCAAAGGAACAUAUGUUCCCAGAAGUUGAAGGCUUGAAGGGACCUUUCGCGUGCCUGAACUCUGCUCGGUACGGUAUCGCUUGGGGCGUCAUUGGAGCGCUAGAAGAUGCCCUUGACAAAGCGAGGACGUAUGCUCUGGAGAGAAAGCAAUUCAAGGGCAACCCAAUUGCAAAGUAUCAGCUCGUUCAGAAGAAGCUGGCCGAUGCCUCAACCGAUGCUGCUUAUGGUCUGCUGGCAGCCUAUCAGGUCGGUAAGCUGAAGGAUGAGGGCAGAGUUGCGCCCGAAAUGAUCUCCAUGAUCAAGAGGCAGAACUGUGACCGAGCGCUGGUCAACACACGAAACUUGCAGGAGAUCUUUGGUGGCAAUGCGGUGAGCGACGAGUAUCAUAUUGGCAGGCAUGUGUCAAAUCUCUUUGUGACUCAGACGUACGAGGGGCAAAGUGAUAUCCAUGCGUUGAUCCUGGGAAGAGCCGUGACCGGCUUGCAAGCAUUCGUCUAG